AUGGAAGAAGAGUCGGGAGCAGGUGAAGCAGCUUGUGACAGUCGGGGAUCCAGUGACGGCUGCAGCAAAUACCUGAAGACCAUUCAGAACUUUAUACCUGUGAAGUACUGGAACGAGUUCAUGGAACUUGUCAAACUAGCAGGUCCAGUGGUUCUCUCACAGUUGACAAUCUUCUCGAUCAGUGUCAUCAGCACAGUGUUCUGUGGUCAUUUGGGAAAAACUGAACUUGCCGGAGUAUCACUGGCAAUUUCGAUAUUUAAUAUCACUGGUGUUUCCAUUGGCACUGGUUUGGCACAAACAUUUGAUACCUUCAUCAGUCAGACGUAUGGCAGCGGUAACUUGAGCGUUGUGGGGGUGAUUCUGCAGAGAGGGAUCCUGAUUCUGCUGCUGGCCUGUUUUCCCUGUGGGCUCUUAUCACUCAACACUGAGCCCAUUCUUCUUGCUGUCAAACAGAUUCCAGAAGUAGCCCGUGUCGCCCAGCUGUAUGUGGAGAUCAUCAUGCCUGCUCUGCCUGCUGCAUUUAUGUUCCACCUACAAGUGCGGUAUCUUCAAAACCAGGGGAUUGUAUGGCCUCAGGUUAUAACUGGAGCAGCAGCAAAUGUGGUUAACAUCAUCAUCAAUGCCGUCCUUCUUUAUUAUCUGCAGUUAGGAGUGGUUGGGUCUGCAGCAGCCAAUACGAUCGCACAGUAUAGUCUGUUGGGGCUCUUAUACACGUACAUCUGGUGGAAGCAGCUGUUAAAAUCUACAUGGGGAGGUUGGUCACUGGACUGUCUGCAGGAGUGGGGUUUCUUCAUUAAACUGGCUGUUCCCAGCAUGCUUAUGCUUUGUCUGGAGUGGUGGAUAUUUGAGUUGGGAGGAUUCCUGUCCGGUUUGAUUAGUGAAGCUGAAGUGGGAGCACAGUCCAUAUCAUGCCAGAUAUCCUUCAUAAUCUAUAUGAUUCCAUUUGGGUUCUCUGCUGCUGCCAGUGUACGUGUUGGGAGUGCACUUGGUGCGGGAAACAUAGAGCAGGCCAGACUGUCUUCCAAAGUCCCCAUCAUCUGUACAUUGAUAAUUGCAUGUGUCAUUGGAGUGAUUCUGAUCAUCACAAGAAAUGUCAUUGGAUAUAUUUUCACAUCAGCAGAAGACAUCGUCCAGAGGGUUGGUGAGGUGAUAUUUAUAUAUGGCUUCAUGCAUUUUACUGACACUGCUGCGGGAGUGGCUGGAGGUGUUGUCAGAGGAGUCGGGAAACAGCUGAUUGGUGCUGCGUGUAGCCUGGUGGGAUAUUACGUCAUCGGCUUCCCCGUUGGCGUGUCACUGAUGUUUGCAGCUCAUAUGGGUAUUGUAGGUCUGUGGACUGGACUGACCAUUUCUGUUACUCUGCAAGCAAUUUUUUAUAUUGUGUUUUUUUGCAAGCUGAAUUGGGAGAAAGCUGCUGAAGAGGCUGUUUUAAGAGCCGGAAUCAAAACCUCACAAAGAAAACAAGUGGACCAGAUGGAAAAUCCAGACUCAAAUCCAGGCCCAGAUCUGGUCAUGAAUCCUCAUGUGAGAGUUGAGGAAAACAGCACACAGCACGAGUUGCAAGGUCCAGUCCAGAAUGAAUCCAUGACCAUGACUGUGGGAGAGGUUCUGCCACUGAAACAACUUCUUCUACGCCGUUCCUUGACUGUCCUGAUUAUGAUCCUCAUCCUCGUUGCUGGAAUCAUCAUCAAAAACGUCCUCAUGAAGCUGUUUAAAUAA